CAACGCCACCACCGCUGCUCCACUCCUCGCUUCUCCCGCCAUCUUCUCCUCCUCCACGGCCAUGGCCGCCGUCGCGUUCCGCUCGCUGCUACACCCCGCCGCCGCGGCCCUCACCGAGCGUGUGCCACUGCCUCCCGCUCACCUACGGCUCCAGGGCCUUCACCGCCACCGCGUCGGCGUCCUCAACCUCUUCGUCGCCUCCGGUCAUCGCCGCCGCAUUCUGCUUCCCCUCGCCGCCGCCGGUGGAGAGUUCUCUUCGGAAGAGGAGGAGUACGCCAACGAGGAGGAAGAAGAGGGGGAGGAGUACGUGGAGGAGGAAGAGGAAGAUGGGGAGGAGGAGGAGGCGGCGGCGGUGGCGGCGCCUCGCGGAUACUACCCGCCGAGAAGCCGGCCGGCGCUCGGGCAAGAGCCCGGCCGCCUCUUCGUCGGCAACCUCCCCUACACCAUGACCUCCGGCGAGAUCUCCCAGACCUUCUCCGAGGCCGGCAGGGUCGACAACGUCCAGAUAAUCUAUGACAAGGUCACCGACCGGAGCCGCGGCUUCGCCUUCGUCACCAUGGCCACCGCCGAGGAGGCUGCCACCGCCAUCCAGAUGUUCAAUGGGGCCCUGCUUGGAGGGAGGACUGCAAGGGUGAACUACCCGGAGGUGCCGCGGGGAGGGGAGAGGGCGGUGGGAUCGGCGGCGGCCACAAGGGAGAACAGGCGCGAUGACGGCACAUUCAAGAUCUAUGCCGGGAACCUGGGGUGGGGUGUGCGUGCCGAUGCUCUGAGGGCGGCGUUCGAGGGGCAGCCCGGCUUGCUUGAUGCUAGGGUCAUCUUCGAGCGCGACUCCGGUCGGUCCAGGGGUUUCGGAUUCGUCUCCUUCAGGACUGCAGAGGAUGCACAGGCUGCAUUGGAGGCAUUGGAUGGAGUGGAACUGGAAGGAAGGCCACUGAGGCUCAGUAUGGCGGAACAGAACCCAACAGCUGGUUCUCCUAGCACAGUGCAGUCACAGGAGGAAGAAACUGCUUCAGAAUCAUCUGAUGCAGAGACAGAGCAGAGCAUUACCUCAGAACCUUCUGAAGCUGAAACGGAAGAGAGCAACUUGCAGACAGCUGCCAGUUAUUAGUAUCUAAUUGAUGGUUGCACUGAUUUACUUAUUCUGCCAUUCGGCAUUCCAAUCUAAAUUGUACUUGUCCAAUUGAAAAUUUUGACACAAGAGAUGCUAAAAUGGGAUAUGAGCCAUAGCCAAUAGAAUAUUAUUAGACAUAGAGGUGCUCCGAGUUUCAGUUAUUGCUGUAAUAUAUUGUGCAGAAAUCUAAAGUGCAACUGUUUUGCUUCCUAUAUUUAUUCAGUUAAUAUGUUCUCUGUGUAAUAUGAAGUAAAAUAUUGGAUUCAUUAAGGUGUACCUAUUACUUGAA